UCUGAUUCAACGCGCGCCGAAACAGGUCACACCUAAACGUAUUUUAAGAUCGCUCGAGCUGAUGCAUUCAGUUUUUUCAAUGAUGCUGCCACGUUUAUCGGUGGCGCUUACUUUACUCUUCAUCGGCAUAGCAAUAAGUGGUCCUUGCGAAAAACUGCAAGAGACCUCAGUAAAGCAAUGCGGCAAGAAUGAGGUUCUGACGUGCACCUGUGGCCACAAUACUUGCGCCCAGCCUCAGCUCACGCAUGUCAUCCGGUGCAUCCGCUGUCAGGAUGAGUGUGUCUGCAAAGACGGCUACGUUCGAGAUGGAGCAUUUGGUGAUCCAUGUAUUCCGAUCGAUCAGUGCGCACCGAAAGCUCCUUCCGGUUACUAGUUUAAAAAAGAGAAGAAAAGAAAGUUAAAUGGUUUUCAGAAUUUGUAAAAAUAAAAAUUUGGCAACUCCUCACGUGAAUCUACACGCAGCGAAAAGAUUUUUUAUUUCAAAGGAAAGUGCCGCAAAAACAAAGGAUUUUUUCCUUUGAUUUUGGGAUAAUUAAAAAUUUCUUUGAUUCAAAUGCAAUUUAGUUUGUUCCAAAGAAUUUUUCUUUUGAAAAAUGUUUGAAUCAAAAUAUUAAUGCUUUGAAAUAAAAAACAGUU